AUCCUCCCCAUAGCCUGCAACCAUCGUCUUCUUCAAUCCUUUUAUUUAUUUCCAAAUAAUCUCCGCAAUCCAUUAAAGAAGGGGUGGUUUGGAAGUUGCCAGAGGAAACCAUAAGUGGGAGGAAGAAAGGGAAAAUACAAAAAGAAGUCCCCAAAAUGGCUGCACAGAAACGAACUUCAAUUCCUCAAGGUGGUGAGGAGCAUUCUGCCCCGCAUUCCAGCCGACCGCGGCGUAAACAAUCGCGUAGGAUUGGAGGUGAUCAAGCGGCGAAGAUGGCAGCUGAUCAAGAACCGCAGCUGCGGCAGCUGCAGCAGCAGCCAGUUCAAGAAGCUGAAGAUCAGCCACCACCUCAGGCCCCUGAUGAUCAGGAACCAGUUCAGCCGAAUCCAGAUGAAGAUUCUGGUGGAAGUGGUACUGACCCGGAAGAAUUUGACGAAAUUAUCGAUGUAGUACGGGGUGCACUUCGUACCAAUGUGCAGUGUCCCAUAUGCCUAGGCAUUAUUAAGAAAACUCGAACUGUUAUGGGAUGCCUCCACCGGUUUUGCCAAGAAUGCAUUGACAAAUCAAUGCGAAUAGGGAACAAUGAAUGUCCUGCUUGCCGCAUACAUUGUUCCAGCAGACGUUCUUUGAGAGAUGAUCUAGACUAUGAUACCUUGAUUGAAGCUAUAUAUCCAGACCUUGCGGAGUACGAACUAGAGGAAAAUGUCUUUCAUGAAGAGGAAAAAGCACGGAAUAAGCAGGUUCAAGCAUCAAUUGCUGAAAUUUCUAGACGACAGUCAGAAGCAUUAAAUAAGAGGCGUAGAACAUAUAGAGAUGCAGAUGACUUAAGAGUACCCCGCAGUCGCAGUGCAACUUCAAGAAGAAGAAGCAAUCAGAGAACUGAUAUCGAGCCUGAUAAUGUUAGUGAGAGGGAAAAUGAUCUUCAAGGAAACUUAGAUCCAUCAGCAUCUGACAGAUCUCACAUAGAAAUCAAGAACCGCAGGCCUAAGAGACGGGCUAGUACUCAGCCUCCACCAACUUCCCCAUCAGCUGCUAAUCCUGAUAGUGAAUAUCUCAAAAAUCCAGUGGAGCCAGUGAGAGAAGAUUUAGUUAAUCCUGUUGGGGUUGCGCACAAUCCAGAAAUGCUGACUUGGGGCAGAGGUGGUGCUCGUAGCCAUACUCGACAUGGUGGUGGGAGUGCUGGCAGAGGCACCAGGGGCAGCCGAAUGUCCAAGUUGAUGGAUCAGCUGGAAAGCUCCUCUAAGAUUGAUUAUAUGACAGAAACCCCAUUUGCAUUAGUUUCUCUGGACAAGGAAAAGAUACCAAAUUUAGAAAAGCCCUGGCUUUGUUUGCAGUCAAGCUCUUCCGUCAAUCAACUCCGCAAGCUCGUUGCUGAUGAAGCAAAAUUUCAAGCUGAAGAUGUUAAAAUGCUGUUAGUUAAGGAGGCAGGUGUUGAUAAAACCAGUGCUGAUUAUUCACACAUGAUUGAUAGACAGGAUCCCCUUUCACGGAUGGUUAAUUGGUCCAACAUUUGCUUGGAAAUUUUAGAGGGGCAGGAGACUCUAGCUGGGCUCCGUUGCUCUACAAACACCAUAUAUUUGAUACUAGCUUACCAAUGCAAAAAGGAUAAUCGGCAAAUUCAACCCUCUCCUCUUUGAGAAAGAGGUAACAAUGAAGUGUUAAGUGUGAGGCUGCUGCUUCUUGUGAAAAACUAAAUGCUUCUUCAACUCCAGCAAAGGCUUGUUGCAACAAAACUAAAGGCUUCUUCAAAGGAAGGGAUCAACCAACAGGCCGGAGGGUUUAAAAAUGCAUGUUUAUUGCAAAAGACUUGUGCAAUUAUUGGUGACAUUUCAUCUUAGGUUUCUUCCAGAAAUUUUGAAGUUUUGAUGAUAGAAUUUUCCUUUUAAUGAAGUUGAACAAUGACCACAGAAAACAUUUAUAUAGUUACAUCCACCUAUGUAUGUAGUGUAAAUCCUGUAUCUUUUCAUCGUGGUGUGACUUGAUUCUUGACCCAGUUCAUGGCCUUUGAUGUCA